AUGGCCGGAGACUUUGCAGAGGAGAUCCAUUUCCGGCGACUGCUCAGAGAAACGAAGGUGGUGCCGGGCCCAAGCUAUAAAAUCUGCCGCUUCGACGCGUCGGUUUUCCGUUCGUCCCGUCCCGGCGCCGCCGACUUCGCACUAGCAUUUCCAGUCGAGACGGCAUACUUCAUUGCGUCCUCCUCCAGUGAAUGGGCUGUGAACAUCCAGCGGGACAGUUAUACAUCAUAUAUUGGCCGUUAUCCCAUGGCAUAUUUUUCGAUAGCUGAAAAUGAAUUAAUAGGGAGAGAGCAGUACAACCUCAUGCAGAAAAUGUUGCUGCACUGUGGUCUAACUCCUGAAAAAGAUGAAGAUUGAGAUGCUGAGGUUCUCCAAAAGCUAAUUGUUACCUCAUGUUCAGUUUAUUGUAUUUGGUCGUGUACAAUAUUUUAAUUUUUGUCAAGCUUCUUGGGUUUUUAGCCUCUUGCUAGCCUUAAUUCUCAACGCAGAUCUUGUACAGACAAUUCUUGGUAUCGUCCUUAUGAAGCCCCUGGUAUUUCUUAAUUUUUUUAUUACUAGCAGACAAGUUUGGAGGAUAUCUUAAGGUUUUCCAUGCUA